ACCUAUCUUUGAUUUUAUUUUGAAUUAUUAAGUGAACUAUUAAGAAUUAUUGCAAUUAUUUUUAAUUUUUAAGAGAAAGUUGUGAUUAAAAUUAACACUCCUAGGUAAGGAUAAUUAUACUUUUUUGCAGAUUAAUAUAGACUGCUGGUGUUAAGUGUUAUAUAGCGAUAUGCAAAAAUCAGAAAUAUGUUAUUCUUUUUUUUCUGUUUUAGGUCAGUUUCCAUACUCUAAGCACUGUAUUCUAUUUUUGAUAUGUUGUUUACUUAGCAAGUCCCAUACUAUAUUCAGACACACCAAUAUAUUUGAUACUCAUAAAUAAAUUUGUUUCACAAUUACUAAGAAACUUAAAAUUGAAUAUGAAAAUUACGAAAUUCUGGCACCAGGCUAUAACAAGCUAUCACAAAGUUUGAAAUUUAUAAGUGGCUAGAAAUAUGUUUUAUUACUAUUUGGAUUAGGAUAAUUAUAACGCAUGAGCCAUUCGUGGCUUAUGCCGCACAUGACUUAUUUCCUUACGUAGUCAUUUUUUUGUGCGGCAUGUGAGUAGACAUAUACAGUUGUAUCCCAUAUUCACAUAGGUUUCAUCUGAUGUCAUUGUCUUCUAUAUCAGCCAUCGAAGGUACAGGGUAAUCUUUGUCAUGUUUUGGAGCUUUAGUCAAUUGCUCAGUGUUGGUCUAAUUGAAGAUUUUUUACUGGUUAAAUUUUUUGACCAUAGUGGAAAAUAAUAAAAAGUUUGGUAAGUAACAACUUUGGGCAAUUGAACCAUCUGAAAUAAACAAACUCACAACGAGUAUAUGACAGCUGGCUGGUCAUUGAUAGCACAUGACAAAUGUGAUCGUAAUUUUAAAGCUAAUUUAAUCUUUAAACUAAAUUCUGUUAUCUGUGAAACGGCAAGUUAACAAUGUCCUAAAUUUUCUAACUAAACUAAUAAUAAUAACAUUUUCUAAUAAAAUUGAUGUUUAAUAAGAAAAUGUGUAAUUAUUAUUAUUUGUAACAUUGAAUUUAAAAUUAAUCCAAGAAUCUUCUACUAAUAUCUAGUUUCUUUGUGACCAAUCUGAUUUAAACCAGAACCUAGAAUAUGUGUUUGAGGUUUACUUCCUGUAAUCAAACAUUGGCAUUUUUCAGUGUCCAGUCAAACAGAACAUUGGCACUGAAAGGCAUAAGUAAACAUAGUUAAAAGCAAUUGAUGUUCUUUAAUCUAAUAACUGAUUAUCAUAAUAAAAUCUAUUUACAGUGCUACCAUAAGUAAUGGCAAAUGAAUUGUUUAUUAUGAAUUUUUGACCGCAAUAUGAAAAUAAAUUAUGCUGUGGAGGAACAAAAUAUUGUAGUUGAAAUUGCAGCAAUAUUUUACUAUAACAGAGCCUUACAGUGUAUUCGUGGUUAAAACGAAAGAUGAGAUAGACUCGUCUUUCACCACGUAGUCCUGAUAUAGCAGGAAAAGCUCAACUUGACAAUCCUCAAGGAAGUAAGGGUUUACUUAAUGUGAUAAAGAUGCAAUGACAACAAAUCAAUCCCUGAAUUUUAUUCUCCUGUCCUAUCCGGCAGACCUGUUUCAAACUGCCUUGUUUUUUUAUAUUGUGAUUUAAGAGGUUUUUACAAGUACAGUUAAAAUAGUUCUGUAUUUGUUUCAUACAAUUAAUCGUUUAAUUUAGUUUUAAAUCUGACAAUGGAAUAUUAAUGGUAUAAAAAUAAAUGGUGAAAAAGUGUGAAAUAAAUGUUUGUAUUUCGGUAAGUUAACACAUUUCACAAGUGUUGUAAUAGUAUUAGUUAUGAUAAUUUUAAUAAGCUUCUCGUUUGAAGAACGUAAGCCCAAAUGUUUACUGGUAUAUUUAAAAUUAAACUAUUUAAAUUUUAAAAUGAUUUUGUUUACGUCGAAGAUAAUAUUAUCUAAAGAUGAAUAAUAUUUUGUGUCAUUGGAUAUUAAGUGUUGAUUCCAAAAACCUGUUUGAUUUACUUAUGUUAUUCAUGUUCAUAUAAUUAUGCUUAUAGUCAUUUUUAAAUGUGUUUAAAAUUAUUGUAUAUUAAGAAUGUUAAGAUGUAGCACCAAAAACUCUCUAGACAUUUUAUAGUGGUAUUUUAAAUGUUUUAUCUGUUUUAAAUGUGUAUUUAUAGUUUUUAGUAAUAAUUUGUAAUGUUUGCUGUUCAUGACGCAUUUAAAACUGAUGGCUACAUAUUAAUAUUGAAUACAGCAGUGCUAUUUUUAUAUGGUAAAGAUCAAGAACCGUUCAAUUAGAGAUUGACUAAUUAUUGUUAGUAAGUAAAUAUCUAUCUAGAGAGUAAUUUUCUUAAAAUAUUAAGAAUUUAAAAGAAAUUUGAUGCUGGAAAACAUUUUUAAAACGUUAUUUAUCGCUUAAGUUUGGAAAAUACUCUACAUUACAUACUCUGCCAUUUAUUAAAUUCAACAUUUAUACGUCAAUAGUAUAACAAUGAAUAAAUGUGCAUAAUUAACAUUGUUUAAUAUAAUCAUUACAGUCAUUAUAUAACUUUCAAUACCAGAUAAUUCCAGAUUUCAAUAACAUCUCAAACUUAUCUUCUAAAUAAAUGAUUACAGCUUUUGUCUGUUUUCUAUUUCUUUGUAAUUUGAUGUGUAAUUAACUCGUAAUAGAUUAUUGUAAUAUAUUUCCCUUUUUUUAUUUAAAUGAUCUAAAUAAAUCCAACAAUUCCUUUGGUCUCUCAUCUAGCUAAAAAAUUUAGUAUGCAUUUUUGUACAUAUAAAAGUUUGUUAUGGACCAAGGGAAAACAGGAAAGGGUAAUUUUGGAGAUAAGUAACAUAAGUAUAUUAGUUUCUUACCAGAGCAAUAUUGUUUAAAUAAGGAGUAUAAAUGAACCUAUAUACAUCCUUAAUAUUGUAAUAAUCAAAGUCUUAUAUUACCUCAGUUUCUUUUAAUUAUUUAUAAAGAAAUGUUCCAAAAUGAGUGUUAACAUUUUGAGACAAACGCCAAGUACAAAGGUAAAAUUAAAAGCUUUUUACAUUUUUUAUCUUGUCAAAAUAAUUUCAGUAAGCUUUAGUUAUAUAAUUUUUAAAGUUCUUGACUGCUUGUAUACAAUAAUACAAAUACUGUAAACUGUGCCAUUUAAAUGAUUUCAAAGUAAGCUGGAUGUGUUCUUCUUUUCUUAUAGAAAGGGCUACUCAAAAUUUUCUUGGUGAUCUGAGAAUUUCAUAUCAUGAGUAAUAGAAUUAUGAAUUAUCACCAAGAAGACAUUAAUCUCACUUUUCCCUGAGCUUUUUAUUAAGCUGUGUAACUUUUACAGAUAAUACAAUGAUAAAUUUGGUUUCAGAACAAUACAGCCGAUGAUACUUGAUCAGCACUACAUUGCUCUCAAGACACAAGUGAUCAAAGCUGAGCGAAGAGUUCUAAAAGAACUUGGUUUCUGUGUACAUGUGAAACACCCUCAUAAGAUCAUUGUGAUGUAUCUGCAAGUGCUUGGAUAUGAGAAGAAUCAAUCAAUUAUGCAGCUGUCUUGGAAUUACAUGAAUGACGCUCUUAGAAGUGACGUUUUUGUGCGAUAUGACCCAGAAACUGUGGCUUGUGCUUGCAUCUACCUCUCUGCCAGGCGUCUGCGAAUAACACUGCCCAAGGUGCCGUCUUGGUACUCACUGUUCCAUGUGUCACAGACUCACAUUGAGGAUGUCUGCAAGCGAAUUCUCAGGCUCUAUGCUAGGUCAAAGCCAAACUCAGAGGAGCUGGAAAAGAAGGUGGAAGAGCUGCGGAAGGAGUAUCAAGAUGCUCGUCAGCGUGCCAGAGGAGUGGUGUCUGGCAACAACACGCCCAAUAGUGGGGCGUCACCAGUCAACAAUGUGUCACCCAAGAACAACCAUUCAGACAAACAUAGAAGUAACAGCAGGAGCCAUUCAAGGUCUCGGAGCAGAAGUAGGAGUCCUUCAAAGCACAAGCGUUCAAAAAAACACAGUCGAGGCAGAUCAAGGUCUUUGGAUCGCAGGAGCAAGAAGUCACACAAAACUCGCCGUAGCAGUUACACUCCGUCCCCUUCCCCGCCCAAGCGCUCACGUGACAAGUCCCGCUACAGGUCACGAUCUCGCACCCCCGUCCGGUCUGGGAGCUACGACAAGUACUACUCAGGAAGUGAUAGCAAGAAGUCCCGAGUGAAGCACCGAGAAUCCCCAACCAGAAUUCGCAGCCGCCACUGACAGUUUCCCCCAUCCUAGAUCUCUAUUUGUACAUUUUCUGAUGAUGCAACUUUUAUAUAUUUUGUAUUUUUCCUUAUUAUUGGUAGUUUGUAUUAUUUACAGACCAUUACUGAUUUUAGGAUGGCUAUAUUACCCUUUUAGGAGUUACGUGUCUCUUAUAGAAACACAAUAUUACAAAACUAAUUGUUAAGAAAUGUUAGUACAAUGAUAACUUGUAAUAAAUGUUUUAUUUCAUUAUUUGUAUCAAAUAAUGUAAAAGAAAACAAAUCAACAUGAAGAUAUUUUUAUCACUUUACAAGCGUUAUUAUCUUUAUAAAAGUGUAGAUCUCUAAAAUGCCAUUGUUUUUUAUUUAUUUGCCUGGAAAAGAAGCUUAAUAUGGGUAACUAAUAUUGGGACCUUAAGUUCUAUUUUUAUGUUUUAUAACUUCAAGAAUUGAUAAUGAUUUAUAAUAAUAGGAUGUUUAUACAUAACAAUUUUAUUUUAAAAUUUAAAUUAGUACAAUAAAAUAUUAAUUUAUAUGGUUUAAUCACUUCAUAAUAGUCAAAUCAUUAAGAAUCAAUCCAUAAAGUACAUUUGAAGGUAUUAUAAGGGCGAAAGUUGCAGUCAGGCAACAUUAGAAAGUUUAGGUUUACUGUCCUUUUUAGUGCUAUUAGAAGAUAGAUAAUAACGUCUGUUAAAAAGAUUAUUCUAUAUUUUUAUAGAAUAAUCUACUGCCAUAUAUUUGCCACUUCUGUACUCAAUGGUGAUAUAUCAACAGAGAAAUAAAGCUGUAAAUAACAAUGUGUCUUGAAACACAAUAAGACUCAAAAAUAUGGCAUUGAACUGUCGUGUAUGAAAUGACAGCAGAAUAUCUAGUUUUGCCAGAUGGUCAAUCUUGAAUACUUUAAAGGAAAUGCUUUUUAACAAUUCAACAAUAAAACAACAUAGUCUGAAGCCACAGUGAGUUUAAUGGUGAAUGUAAGUGGUGCUUUGCAAAGUAGAUCUUUGCCUCUCCUGUAAAUUUACAGAAUCUUACAGUGGUGGUAUUUUUGUUAAGUUGACAUUGGGGAAAAAUAAAAUUGCAAAAUUAUGAUCAAUUAUAAUUGUGAAUUGUAAAUGUGAAACUAGAGGUUUUGCUGUGUGGGUAAAUUUGUUAUGGUCUCUUAAUAACCUAAGUUGUACAUGUUUGAAAUGAGAAAUACAUGAAGAAUAUUUUAUUAUAACCAAAUUUUACAAAGCAUCAAUGACAACUUAUUUUUGUUUGCUCACCUUUUCUAGUACAUUUUUUCCUAUAACAAAUGGUUUCUAUUUUCUUUUUAUAUGAUAACAUACUUUUAAAAAUCUUUAAAUAAAAUCAAAGUAGCGUAUCCUGAAUGUUUAUCUGAAAUUGUUUAGCAAGAGACAUGAAUAAAACUGCAAAUCAUUAAUGAGAAGAAAUCAUAGUACUUAAUUAGAUAAUAUUCAGUAUUUGGUUUGAUUUCUUCAGUGCCUACUGGUGUUAUUUUCUACAUUAAACUGAAAAAUUUUUUAAGUUUGAAGAAGUUUUUAGGAGUUUAAAUUCGUUGAGAUAUUGUUUUUAAUAUUGAUUAAUUUUCAUGCCAACAAAGAUUGAAACUGUAAAUUGUAAAUUCUACAUUAACCGAAAAGUCAGGUCAUUGUAGUGUCACUGCUUUGUGGGUUACAUGACCUAUUCAGCUUAACUAGUCAUAUAUGGUAUCAUUACAACCAAAAAUAGUUGCACUUGUUUGUGUGUUUGCAUGCCUAGGUAAGUGUAAAGUGUAAAAUAGUACAGAUUAUCACAAACUGUUCAAACAAAUGUUAUUUUCAGACUCAUCUCUUCACUGGGCAAAAUAUCAUGUUGCUUUGUAAAAAUUUUAAGCAUUAAGUAAUUGUAAAUGUGUAAAUAUAUUUGAUACCUAAACUGUACCAAAAGAUAGGAAAAUCAAUAAAGAAAAUUAUAAUUUUUUUAAA